AUGGCCUCAAAACUUAAAACCUUCAUCAAUCUCCAUGGCGGCUACACAGCAACUCUAUCCCGCCAGAAUCGCUCGGUAUCUUCUUCAAAUCCCUCUUCGCGGAUUCUCGAACCUGUCCACCAAUCGCACUAUCGGAAACAGAUUUUGCUCGCGAAUCUCCUUCAGAGCCGAGACCGAGAGCUCGCUCGGUGUAUUGUUAUCGCUGAAAAUCCCCAGAAAUCACUCGUUAAGUUGAUCUCCGAUUGCCCUCACGUUCUCCGAUCGGAGUUCCUGAGGAAAUGGAGAGCUCCAAUCUCGGAUUUCGUGAAAUUCGGCCUCUCUUCCUCCGCGAUUACGAGCGUCCUCGAAUAUUCCAGUAGAAUCGGAAUCGGUCCUGAGAAAUUUCACGAAUGCACGAAGAUUCUGAAGUUUAGGAUUGAGUUUUUGAUUGGAAUCAACAUUCCGAGAGAGAACAUUGAGAGGUUCUUCCACAUUUUCCCUGAGAUUCUCGGGAUUGGUGAGCUUUCACGGUGUUUGGAGCUGAUCAAGACGUUGAAAUGCAGAGAAGUGAUCAGAGUUAGCAUCCUCAGCGAAGGAUUGUUCCGUGCUGGAUUCCAAGUGAAGCUGAGGAUCGAUUGUUUAUGCAGAUACGGUUUGAUCCACAGAGACGCGUUCAAGGUUGUGUGGAGAGAGCCGAGAGUGAUCUUGUACGAGAUCGAUGAGAUUGAGAAGAAGAUUGAGUUUUUAACAAACCGGAUGGGGUUUCACGUUAGUUGCUUAGCUGAUGUACCGGAGUAUCUAGGUGUGAAUCUGCAGAAGCAGAUUGUUCCUAGGUACAAUGUGAUUGAUUACUUGAAACUGAGAGGAGGGCUUGGGUGUGAGAUUGGGUUGAAAGGUUUGAUAAAGCCAAGCAUGAAGAGGUUUUAUAAUCUGUACGUGAAGCCGUAUCCAGAGUGCGAGAGGAUCUUUGAGAAGAGAAGAGAGAAUGCGAGAGUGAAGCAACGACAUCCUCCUGGGCUUUGGAAGCUUAUGAAACCGUCUAGUCAUGUAACGAGGAGGGAAGAUGUGGUGAAUAUGAAGUCCUUUAUGGAGUCGUCACUUGCUUAG